AUGGCGAUGUACAAGCGGCCAAGGCCGGGCGGUGGUCGUCACCCGCCACCGUUGGCUCCGACGGUGAGCAAUUUCAAGCCGAGAGUACAAUGGAGUAACUCUGGAUCUUCCAUUUUCCUCUAUGUCAAUCUUCCUGGUCAUUUUCUCUCUUCUCUAUCUUUUUUUUUUUGUUUUCUUGAUUUCAAAUUCUCUUUAAUUGACUACAACUACAAAUGUUAUGAAUUUCAUUUCGUUGAUUUUGUGGAAUCGACAGGGUUUUACAGGGAUCAAAUAGAAAUAAAGAAAGAUGAGAGUACACGGACUAUCCAGAUUCAAGGCCAGCGACCGCUCUCGACUCUGACCAAGGCUCGUUUCAAUGAAGCUUACCGUGUCCAUGAGUCGUGUGAUAUGACAAAAAUGAACACCUCCUUCGCACAUGGACUCUUGACGAUCGAGUUUCCAGUGGUCGAAGAAAGUGCGAAACCGGAAAACGCAGUCGAAGAUCAGAGGAAGACGGUACAGAGGCCUAGUCAGGAAGGAAGUAGAGGGUCUGGUCUUAAUGAGAGUAGCUUGGGACGAAAGAAAUCUUCAGUGGAUGAGCGAAAAGUGGGAACAGGUCAAGAGAAAGCUGCUCCAAUGGCGAAUAUAGAAGAACCCAAAACGUAUAAAUCAGCCGUUGUGGGUAAGAGAGCAGUGCCAGCGGGUAGCAGUCGAGAGAAGUCUGAACAGAGAGUGAAAGAGGGACAAGCAAACCCUAGCUUGGGGAGUAAGGAACGUACGAAAGAAGAGAAGGAGGUUGAGAGAAAGGAUGCUGCUCAAAUGGGUCAGCAAAAGACUACUGUACAGAAGUUGAAGGACGAGGAGGCUAGAAGUACAUCGACCAUUGGUGGUAGCUUGAAAGCUAAGGUACUUGCAGAAGAAGAGAAAGUAACUGAGAGAAAAAGAGAUGGUGAUAUAGGCCAGAAAAUUACCGGACAAAGGGUGAAGGAGGAAGGAAUUAUUAGAGCGCCAACGCCAAUGCCAACCAUUGGUGGUAGCUUGGAUCCCAAGGUACAUGCUAAAGCAGAGAAACUGGUUGAGAGAAAUGGAGAUGGUGAAAUAGGCCGGAAGCUGAAAGCGAAAGUAAAGAUUGGCUUGGAACCAAUAAAAGAGGAGAAACACACAAAGCCUGUUGUUGGUGAUAAGACCACAAGACCAGACAAGGAAACUGCUGCGACGAACCAAGCAAAGCCUUUGCAAAAAGUGGAAGAGGGAGUUGAAAGAACUACACGGGAUGUUAAUGGUAACGUGAUAAGCAAUAAGCAUGAUAAGAAUGAUGAGAAGAUGGCUGGAGACAAGGUAAGUGAAGGAGAGAUUCAAGAGAAAGUAAAACAAAGGAACCUACAAGAAGUCGGUUUAGUCAAAGAAACAGGAGAUCUUAACGAUAAUCCUGAAGUCGCGAAACCUAGUAGGGUAGAUUUGGGUGAUCCAAUUCCAAUGAAAGAAGAAACAAUCCAGGAAGGUGAAGAUAGAGAGAAGCUUGAAAAGAGCCCCGAAUCAGAAACCGACAUGGAUCCUGCUGCACGUGGAGGAAGAGGAAUGGAUGAAGAACAGAGUCGGAAAUACGACAUUUCGUUGCUGAAUGUUGGAGCAGCUGCUCUUGUGAUCAUGGGGUUUGGUGCUUACGUCUUCGUACCAUUUGUAAAAAUGUUCUAUUGA